AGCGGGCGGGCGAAGGAGCCCGGCAGCUUGCAGCGCGCAUCGGCACCGUCCGCGGAGCGCCCCCGGGGGAACGUGUCUCCCGUGUGCUGCUGCGGGACAUUUCUCGUCGCAACCCGCUGGUCGCUAAAGAACAUCGGCCAAAAGUCCGAGGAGGCGUCCGGCCCCUGGCUGUCAGCUGUCGGCAGCGUCCGCAGCCCGAGCGCUGUGCAACGGGGAGCGAGCCCCGAGGCCGGCAGCACCUUUCCUUGCCCGGCGGCUGUCUGCGGCGGGCAGGAUGCGCCGCGCAAAGCAAAUAGUUAAAGAUUUCGGGGGGAGGAGCCAGGCCGCAAUCCUCAAUUAAAGAUGAACUUUGGGUGAACUAAUUUAUCUGACCAAGGUAGGGUGGGCAGCAACCUGGGAAGGGUAUAAAAGGCGGCCCGCUGCUAGUCUGGCGCGCACACUUGGAGCUCCCGGGGGGUCAGACCGAACCGGACCGGACCAGGCUAGGCGAGGCUAGGCUAGAGUAGGUGAGGUUAGGUUUCCAGCCAUGGGCUUCUCCGCCCUAGUUGCCAGCGCCUUGUGCACCUUUCUGCUGCCCCUGCUACUUUUUCUGGCCGCCGUCAAGCUCUGGGAUCUUUACUGUGUGAGCGGCCGCGACCCCAGCUGCCCCCUCCCGCUGCCCCCGGGCACCAUGGGGCUCCCCUUCUUCGGGGAAACGCUGCAGAUGGUGCUGCAGAGGCGGAAAUUCCUGCAAAUGAAGCGCAAAAAAUACGGCUUCAUUUACAAGACUCACCUCUUCGGGCGGCCUACGGUGCGAGUGAUGGGUGCCGAGAACGUGCGGCACAUCCUACUAGGCGAGCACCGGCUCGUCUCCGUGCAGUGGCCCGCCUCGGUGCGCACCAUCCUGGGCUCGGGCUGCCUUUCGAAUCUCCACAAUGGGCAGCACAAGCACCGCAAAAAGGUGAUCAUGCGGGCCUUCUCCCGGGACGCCCUGCAGCACUACGUGCCCGUCAUCCAGGAAGAGGUGAGCGCCUGCCUGGAGCGGUGGCUGGGCGCCGCCGAGCCCUGCCUGCUGGUGUACCCCGAGGUGAAGCGCCUCAUGUUUCGCAUUGCCAUGAGGAUCCUGCUGGGUUUCCAGCCCCGCCAGGCCAACCCCGACGGUGAGCAGCAGCUGGUGGAGGCCUUCGAGGAGAUGAUCCGCAACCUCUUCUCCCUCCCCAUCGAUGUGCCCUUCAGCGGGCUCUACCGGGGCUUGCGGGCUCGCAACGUCAUCCACGCUAAGAUUGAGGAGAAUAUCCGUGCCAAGAUGGCCCACAAGGAGCCUGAGGGUGGCUACAAGGAUGUGCUGCAGCUGCUGAUGGAGCACACUCAGGGUAACGGGGAGCAACUCAACAUGCAGGAGUUGAAGGAGUCUGCUACAGAGCUACUCUUUGGGGGCCAUGAAACCACUGCUAGUGCUGCCACGUCGCUGGUUGCCUUCCUAGGACUCCACCAUGAUGUCCUGCAGAAAGUGAGGAAAGAGCUGCAGGUGAAGGGGUUACUGUGCAGUCACAACCAAGAGAAGCAACUGGACAUGGAGGUCUUAGAGCAGCUGAAGUACACAGGUUGUGUCAUCAAAGAGACCCUCAGGCUGAGCCCUCCUGUUCCUGGAGGAUUUCGAAUUGCUCUCAAGACCCUUGAGCUAAAUGGUUACCAGAUCCCUAAAGGUUGGAAUGUUAUUUACAGUAUCUGUGAUACCCACGAUGUGGCAGAUCUCUUUACCAACAAGGAUGAAUUUAACCCAGAUCGCUUCAUGUCCCCAUCUCCAGAGGAUUCAUCUAGGUUUAGUUUCAUUCCUUUUGGUGGGGGCUUGAGGAGCUGCGUGGGCAAAGAGUUUGCAAAAGUCCUUCUGAAAAUAUUUACAGUGGAGUUGGCUCGAAGCUGUGACUGGCAGCUGCUGAAUGGACCUCCUACAAUGAAAACAGGGCCCAUAGUGUACCCUGUGGACAAUCUGCCUACCAAAUUCAUAGGUUUCAGUGGCCAAAUCUGAGAUCUGAACUCUUGCCUACUGCUGGAUUUCUAUAUGGCAUCCAAUAUGUACAUAGUAACUUUUUAUAGUGACAAAGGCCUUUAAAUAUUUAAAACUGUAAAUGUAUAAUAGUUAUUUAUGUCUUCUAAAUAUUUCAAAAGGCUAUGGUAUUUUUCCCCAAGCACUAAAAUUAUGGGUCUCAGAUUCAUAAUUAAAUAAUGUUAUUUCUAUAGAAAUAUGUUUUACCUAUUUAAAGAUCAUAUCAAAAUC